UAGCAGACGACAGUGCACUGUGCCUUCCAUCCGCUUUCGCGAUCCCUGUACGUGUUAGUGGAAGAUCCACGGUUGUUUUACCUUUUAUCGAAAUUACGAGAGCUAUACGAACGAAAAAUAUACGAAUAUGGCUGAAAUAACGGAUUUCGGACCAAGAAAGACGAUUUUUAUCCUAGCCAUUGUAGCCGGGUGUUUUGCGGUAUUAUGGCCGAAAAUUUUCUAUCCUAUGCUCACAGCAUCUGUCACACCACAUCAUACGCCCGACAAUUCUGCAUGCUGCGAUGUAAUCUUUGAAAGUGAUGUCACUGCUGCUGAUAUUAUGUAUGAAAUAUGUCAAAACAUACUGAAGCACCAUCAAAUUGAUCCAAGAAUAAGAGAUGCUUUGAGAACUAUAAAAUUGACAUCACAAAGUGCAAGUUUAUGUAGAGAAGAAAUUUUAGCCAGAUGUGCUAUAGAUUUGUCUACAUUCCUUGCUGAAAGGGAACGCUUGGGAAAAUCUUAUAAACAAGUUUUAGAAGAAAUCAGGUCAUUUAAUAGUUCCCUCUGUCUUAAAGUAAAUUUUGGUAUACCUCUUUCUCAACUAGGAACUCCACAUUUAAUCAGAUAUCAUAUUUUAAUGCCGCACAGUACCUUAAAACAAGAACGACGUACACCUCCACAUGCAGGUGGUUUACACCCUGCAUUGAGGGAGCGUGGUAGAACUAUACCUUCUUCUCAUAUUGUACCCAAAGUUGUAGAUAAAAUUGAUCAUGUUGUGCUAAAAAUGAGGCCACCUUUGGGAGGUGCAGGACAUGUUGUUCCUGCACCAAAAGGAAAUGGUACCACAGGAAUUAUUAUGCCAUUAUAUACAUUGGGCAUUGUCCUGUUUUUCUUGUAUACAAUUGUUAAGGUGUUGCGGAAAAAUUCGGAUAAUGAAAUCAUUUCAGAAUAUCCAGGGGCAGCAGCAGAAAAAGAAUUUCAGAAAAUGGUAUUCAGUCCUGAAGCUUUUGCUACUGCAAUGACUGGUGGUACAAUGCAUUAUCAAAAAGAAAGAUCUCCAUCUCCAGAAGGACCUAUUCCUACUAUGGAGGAGUUAACGAAUCAAGCGGCAGGAGACAUAGAGAUAGAUCAACUGAGACGUCGUUUGGUCGAGACGGAAGCAGCCAUGGAAAGAAUUGUUGUUCAGAUGGGCAACAUAUCACGUUCAGUUAUGCAUAAUUCAAGCCCACAACAAGAACUCAAGGACAAUACCGGUGCCCAGGCUAAACAUAGUACAGCAGAUGAAGAAAUAGAAAACAUAGAAAAUUCACCAACUGUUAAAGUCAUGGGUAUGGAAAUGACAGCUAGUUGCGAGGGCAAAGGUAGUAGACCAACUACUCCUAUAAUUCCAAUUUCACCAAGUCAUAUAGAGAGGGAAAAGACACCACCAAAACCAAUAUAUUUAGAAGGUGCACUUCCUCCGCAAUGUGAAUUACUUGUAACAGAUUCAGAAACACAAGCUCAAAAAGCAGAAGAAGAUGUGGAAGCACCUGUUGUACUUUCAGGCAAAAUGACUCUCUCUCUCAUCAGUCUCGACCAAAAUGCACCUGAAUUUGAGGAAGAAGAUCAAGAAAUACGGAAUGCAGAAGGUACGACCUUAAAUACAGAAGAUACCGAGAAAGAACUAAAUAUUGGAACAAUUAACGAUAGAAAAGGGGAAAUAAAUACUAAAAAGGAUAAAGUUGAAAAUCAAACAAGCAAAGUCUAUGAAGAGGAACAAUAUGCAGAAAGGGUAAAAGAAGAACUAAAAAUUCCUGUGAAGGAAGAAAGGAGUAAUGAUGAUGUGGAAUAUAAACAAGAAAAGCAAAUAGAUUAUGACGAAGGAAGAGAAAAAAAAGAAGCAAAAGGAAUUAAAGACAUAGAAAAGAUUGAAGAAAAAAAGAAAGAAGAAGUAAGGGAAACUAAAGAAGAGGAAGAAAAAGAAAUGAAACAAACUGCAGAAGGGGAGGUGGCAGUGAAACAAAUUGAAAAGGAGGAGAAGGAGGAGGAGGAGGAGGAGGAGGAGGAAGUGAAACAAAUUGCAGAGGAGGAGGAAGAGGUAGAACAAAGUGAAGAAGAAGAGGAAGAAAACAGAAAACAAACCAAAGGGGAAAACAAAAAAGGAGACGACGAAAAGCCUGAGGAUAAUAAAGUUGAACACUAUGACAUUUCAAAAUAAAGAGGAAAAUUGUAAUGACAAAUUGAUGUUUGACUAAAUCAGUGUUUACCAAUCUUUAAAAUUUACAAACUAUAGUAAAAUAUAAUAGAUAAAAAA